AUGGAGCGCGCGCAAAAUCGACGCGAGUCAGGCAACUACGUCAACGGACUCCGCCAAGAAGCUUCUCCGUACACCUCGACGUGGUGCAUACCGCUCAGCGGCCUGCACUCGAUAAGCUAUCUUUACCACGCUUCCCUUUCCGGUCUCACACACGCCCAGAGGACCUUCACUCUCCACCGUCUUCCACCCCCAAACUCGCCCAUCGUGGAGGCAGCAUCAGCUAGAUACGCGGCCCGGGACCGCUGGGUCCACGAGGGACCUGCUCCCCAAACCCCGCUGCAGCGCUACAUUCGUCUGUCUACCUCGUACCACAUAGAAAGCGUCUUCCGGUCUAACACGCUCUCUCUCAGANNUAAUGCCUGCGACCCGCAAAACUUCGAGCCAAACCUGGCCCUGGACCUCGAGAUCGCCGACUUGAUCAAUGCUAAGAAGGGAAACGCUCCGCGUGAAGCCGCCGUCGCCAUUGUCCAAUACGUCAACCACCGCAACCCCAAUGUCUCCAUGCUUGCCUUGACCCUGCUCGACAUCUGUGUCAAGAACUGCGGCUAUGCUUUCCACCUCCAAGUCAGCACAAAGGACUUCCUCAACGAGCUCGUCCGUCGCUUCCCCGAGCGUCCUCCUAUGCGCGUCACUCGUGUCCAGAACCGCAUCCUCGAGCUUAUCGAAGAAUGGCGCUCCACCAUUUGCGUCACCUCAAAGUACAGAGAGGAUCUGGGUUUCAUUCGCGACAUGCACCGCUUGCUGAGCUACAAGGGCUACACAUUCCCCGAGGUCAAGAAGGAGGAUGCCGCUGUGCUAAAUCCCACCAACGAUCUUAGAUCCGCCGAGGAGAUGGAGGAGGAGGAACGCGCCGCUCAGUCAGCAAAGUUGCAGGAGCUCAUCCGCAGAGGUACCCCUCAUGAUUUGCAAGAGGCCAACAAGCUUAUGAAGAUCAUGGCCGGCUUUGACACUCGCCGCAAGACCGACUACCGUGCAAAGGCUGCCGAGGAGGUUGGCAAGAUUCAACAAAAGGCGAGAUUGUUGGAGGAAAUGUUGCAGGGCUAUAAGCCAGGCGACGAGAUCAAGGAGGGCGAUGUCUUCGAGGUGAGUAGCAUUGUCUGCUUCAUAUUGAGAUUCCGUACUGACGACACAAGNGAACUUGCAAACGCCUUGGCCAGCGCGCACCCUAAGAUCCAGAAAAUGUGUGAGGAAGAGUCGGAGGACCACGAGGCUGUCGCAAAGCUUUUCGAGAUCAACGACAGUAUUCAUCGUACAAGCGAAAGAUACAAGCUCAUCAAGAAGGGCGAUCUCGAGGGUGCCAACAGAAUCGCUGCUGGCACUCUUGGUAUCAGCGGUGCCGGUGUCAAGAGCGGACCUAACAACGAGUUGUCUCUUAUCGACUUUGGUGGCCCAGAGGAGGAAGAGGCCGCCCAGCCGGCUCAAUCUCAAUCUUCUCAGGCAGCUCCACAGUCCAAGGGCAAUGCCUUGGAGGAUGACUUGCUUGGCCUGUCAAUGGGCGAUUCUACGUAUGGUUCUGGUGGUGCCUUGACCCUCGGCUCACCCAACAAUGGUCUGGCCGACCUUGCCGGUCCAUCAAGCUCUCAGCCGACACCUGCACCCGCUGGCAUUCCUCCCCCUGCUCAACCUCAAGCAUCCAGAGCCAACUACGAUCCCUUUGGCAUGAUUGCUUCCCCGGCUCCUGCAUCAAACGCCUUCCAACAACCCAAACAACAACAACACAAGGCGGCAGACCCAUUCGCUGCUCUAUCCGGCAACUCACGCACCGCAUCACCAUUCCAAUUCCAGCAGUCUGCCAAGCCUCCAGCAUCACCCGCAGUCCCGCAAUCAGCUGCAUCACUAUUGGGCGGGGACGACGAGUGGACAUUUUCGUCUGCUUUGCCUACCCAACCACAGCAACCCCAGUCCAACACCGUUACUGUCAUUGACUCAACCGUGAGAGCUGUCUUUAAUGUCUCACGGCCGGCGGGUGCAAAUGACUACCUAGCCAUUGACGCCAGGAUAUCCAACAAGACCCCUCAGCCCGUCAACGACUUUACCCUGCAACUCGCAGUAACAAAGGCUGACGGCAUUAAGCAAGCCAUCCGCCUACAAGGCGUCCCUCCGGGCAAAGGAAGUGCUGUCCGCAUGCGUUGGCGCGCCAGCUACGUUAUUGGCGGCCAAUCGCGUGAGGAAAGCGGUGAGGUUAGCAAUCUUGGCGUGCUUUAA